GCUCCGCUGCGUGUGAUGCUCUGGUUGCCGCAGAGACGCCCCGCCCCCGCGCGGCGCUGCGGAACCGAACCUCCGGGCGGCGUCGGCAGCGGCGCUGGAGGCUGCGAGGCCAAGGCGGCAGAAGCCGGCGCGGCGACCGCAGCGAGAGCGGCGCGGACGGAGCGGACCACGACGAAGGCGCACAGGCAGCCGGGCCGGGCCGGGCCACUGGGAGAGCGGCCGCCGGGAAGCAGGCGGGAAGCCGGGCAGGCAGCGGGCAGCCGCCGAGCCGCGAAACGACAUGGUGCUGCUCAAGGAGUAUAUCAAGUAGGGCAGCUGUAUUCUGUGGCUGAGGCCAGCAAAAAUGAAACGGGUGGUGGUGAAGGUGUGGAGGUGCUGGUGAACGAGCCCUAUGAGAAGGACGGCGAGAAAGGCCAGUACACACACAAGAUCUACCACUUGCAGAGCAAAGUGCCCACGUUUGUUCGAAUGCUGGCCCCAGAGGGAGCCCUGAAUAUACAUGAAAAAGCAUGGAAUGCCUACCCUUAUUGCAGAACUGUUAUUACAAAUGAGUACAUGAAAGAGGACUUUCUGAUUAAAAUUGAAACCUGGCACAAACCAGAUCUUGGCACCCAGGAGAAUGUGCAUAAACUGGAGCCUGAGGCAUGGAAACAUGUGGAAGCCAUAUAUAUAGACAUUGCAGAUCGAAGCCAAGUACUUAGCAAGGAUUACAAGGCAGAGGAAGACCCAGCAAAAUUUAAAUCUAUCAAAACAGGCAGAGGACCCUUGGGCCCCAAUUGGAAGCAAGAACUUGUAAAUCAGAAAGACUGCCCAUACAUGUGUGCAUACAAACUGGUUACUGUCAAGUUCAAGUGGUGGGGCCUGCAGAACAAAGUGGAAAACUUUAUACACAAGCAAGAGAGGCGUCUGUUUACAAACUUCCACAGGCAGCUGUUCUGCUGGCUUGAUAAAUGGGUUGACCUGACUAUGGAUGAUAUUCGAAGGAUGGAAGAAGAGACAAAGAGACAGCUGGAUGAGAUGAGACAGAAGGACCCAGUGAAAGGAAUGACAGCGGAUGACUAGAGCCACCACCACGCCCCUUCUGCACUUUUUGCAAGACAGUGGUCAACAGGAAAGCCCAGCAGCUCCACCCUCCUGAGUGACAGGCCAUCUUCGGACUCAGCCUUUCUGUGCCCAUUCUUCAGGCAACUUUUGACCCCUUACUGUAGCUAAUUCUAGUUGUCCUUUAAUAUUGUGAACAAAUAGACCGUCUGGUAUUAUGAAGCCUGCGUGUGCAGGAAUCUGCUCCUCUGAGAUGUGUGGCGUGUAGGUUGCUGUGUUUACAGCUCCUCCCUCUCCAACCAUUGUGUUCUCAACUCAUUUCUCUGUGCCCCCCCAUUUUAUUUCCAAGUGACAUUUUUAGUCUUUCAAAAUAGCUGCCUUUUGUGAUGUGGUGAUUUAAAUGAUUUAAGUUGGUUUGUUUUCAUCCUUGGGAUAAACAGAGGCAUUUUGCUACCUGGGCAGAUAUUUGCAACUUUGAGUGCUCACGUGGGGAGAGGGAAUGAGUUAGAAAUAGUUUUUUUCACCAGUUCCACAGGAAUAGCAUUGUGGCUUCCUAACUCUGGCCUCUGCUCCUGGUAACCCACUGUUAGAGUGCUCUAGACACCAAGGAAGUACCCAAGGCCAGCCAGUCUCUGUUUUGAAAAUUUAACUAAUACAUAUAACCCUUGCCUCAGGCAUUGCAUCUCUGGUCACUAGUCUUAGGAACACCUACGGCUUCUCAACUCUUCUGUUGCCCACCCUGUCUGAACUUCUGUAGAGCCCUUAAUAUACCCGAAUCAACACUCCACCUGGAGGGACCUGUCCAGUGUGGCCCAUAGAAUUGAGUCUGCCCCACAUAUACUAAUUAGUCUGCCUCCUGAUGAGCUCUAUAUGUCCUCGCUCCUCUUCCCUUUUGGGCUGGUGCUGCCACACAGCAAUAAUCCUCUUUUCUCUGUGCUUUCAUAGAUUCCUGUCCUCUGUCUUUGAGGCUGGUCAGGACACAAGAGUCCUGAUCUUUUCAUGCUGCACAAAAUGAGCAUGCAAAAAGCUUUUUCCCCACCAGAACAUGUUCCCUCUUGUCUCCAGUUGCUGGAAAGGAAUUUGGGGCUGGAGAACUCAGCUCGUCCUGCCCCCUGCUGAGUUCUGUCCUGGACAAUCAAAAGCAAGUAGUGAUCACAGUACCAAGUCUACCAAAGGAAGCAGUUGAGGAAGUCCAGGCUCCAGGGGCACAGAAGCUGCCGAAGGCUUCAGUUCUCCGUGACCUGGUAGAAACUGAUUAUGCCUUGGGAGAAGAUGAGAUAGCAGCGGUGUCACCUGGCAUUUCCCAAACCUUGAGAAGCCUGUUGGCAGAAUGUGCAGUGAUCCAAGUCCAUGCUGGCCGGGGUGCAGCUGCUGCUGAGAGACCGAACUCUCUGCUAGGGGAGUGAGAGAAGGAUGGGAAGAUUUAUUCUUGUUUUUGUUGGUUUAUUUUGCCUUACUCAUUUCAAAGUGCAAUAAGGGAGUGUCUCACAGGAGUGUUACCUGUGACAUCCUGAUGGAUGCUUCCCUGGGGCCCUCCUGGGGCAAGGGUAGACAGACUCAGACCCCUCAGCAUGGUUAGCUCUCACCUUUAUGGAGGCCUCCUUGGGACCAGGAGGGGGCCUAUUACACUUUUCUUUUGUCUCCUUACCUUGUGGGGUCUAGGUUAAUGGAUCUGAGGCAGUUCAGUUGGUUAUUAGUAUCCCAACUGUUGGUAGCAUUUAUUUGAUUGGGAAAGUUGAAGGGAUAUUCCUACUGGAGAAAGAAUGUAAAUGUUUUCCUAUACACUCUGUAUUAGCUAUAAUUAUAUUUGUGCUUAAAGCUUUCCCUUUUUCACUCAUUAACUAAGUUAAGUCCAGAUGUGGGUUAUCCUGGGAGAAGCAAACAUAUUCAAAGCAGGCAGUUUAUGUGGUUUGAGAGUCAGCAGAUUAAAUCAGUCUCCUUCCUUCAGAUCUUUUCUGCGAUCCAAGCAUAUCACUCCAGCUGUAGUGGGGGCUCAUCUUUAUCUGCCUUUUCUCUGGCUCCUCCCACCUCCAUCUGCUGCCCAGUUUGAAAGCAUCCACAUGAGCUGAGCUAGAAUUUCCUGAGGUCAGCUGGAUCUGGGACUCCAGCCCACAUAAACCUAAGGAGAACUGUCCCUGGUUUAUUCCAUCCCCACGGAUAGUGUUGCUGCUGGGCAACGGUGGUGGCUUCUUUUAAGUACCCCCUUCCCUCUUCACCCACCCCAGAACUGACUAGCACUCUGAGGGGCUUAUGAUGAAAGGCUCAGCCUCAUGGGUAGUCCCUGAGGAUGUGCCAUGCCCUUCACACCAGCUGUUUCCAGGAUCCCAGUCCCAGCUGGAAGCAGCGGUGCCUCUGUAGGGAGGCUGCUGGGCUCUGGCCUUCUCUGGAGAGGUCAGGGACAGGGUCAGUAUUGUGGGCAUGUGUUUAUCUUCCCAAGUUCUGUGACAGUCUCUACUGGGACUCCUUGACUUAUUUUGGUUGGUUCCUAGUGCUACUUCUUUUACACAUACACUUUGUAGAACUGAUUAGAUUACCUUGUUUAUUUAAUGUGAGUUUGUGCCUUUUUGUCUCAAUCUUCCAAACAGGUAUAUUGGGAAAAAAAAGCAAUCAAAUAAAAUACUAGACAGAG